AUUAAAUGUUAGCAAAUGCAGCAUCCCCCAUGCAUGCAUCCCUUUCAUUCCCUCUAACGUCCUUGUUUAGCUUGCCAGGUUGGCAGGUUCACUGUCCCAAAAAUAGCACAGUGACACCCGGCCAGGUGGUUGCUCGCGAGAGGCGCCUCCGUGACACCCGGUCCAUGCAACCGCGGAGGCCGCGCGCAGCCACUCCAUUGCCGCUUUUUAAAGCAUCGCGCACCACCUUCGCCUCGCCAAAAUCCACAAGCCACUUCAGUGCUUGCGAUCGCGUCGGCCACGAUCUCUUGCGAAAAAGCUUACCCUGUGUCUGUCUGUCCGACCGUCAGUCCGUCUAACAAUCGAUUUCCAUGACGACGUCCCCGCGCGUGUGGCUGCUCGCCAUGGCACUGGCGCUCGCCUGCGUGCUGCUCGUGAGGUCCGCCGACGCUGCUGCCGAGGCGUCCCCGACUCCAGGCGGCUCCACCUACGGGUGCAACCCGGCCACGGACAAGUCGUGCAAGCCCGAGGGCGUGGGGGUGGUGCUGCCGGGCGGCGGCAUCGACCUCGACGGCGACGGUGACGAGGACGAGCUGCCGCAGUUCCAGCCCCACCUCAUGAUCCUCGGCCAUGGCCACUGAUGAGUGUAAAUGGUUGGUUGGUUGGUCGUCCUCAGCCGAUCUACUGGACGACACGAUGGCGGUCACAUUUGCGUCCGAAUUUCUCUUGUUAAAUUGAGGCCAGAGUGAUUAAAUGAGCAUAUGAUGGUAAUUUAUUCACCGUGUAUUGCCUGUUCAAACAUGAAAGUGCACUGAUACAAUUUUAAAAAACUUA